AUGGUCGACGAAACGACCCCGAUCGAACAGGCGCCGGAUGCCGUCGCCCAGACUGUCGCUAACGGUGCGGACACAGCUGCUGACACGUCAAACCUCGACACACCGCACAGAGAUGUCGUUAUGACAGACGCAUCAGUCGAUCAAGCUUCUCCUGCUCCCGCAAAUGCUGCUGCGAGUCCAGCGCCGGCCAGAACAGGCACACCCGCCCAAGCAUCUCGUGCUCCAUCAGUACAUCCCGAUCCAGGAUUCGCUAUACCAUCAGAGGCCGCUCCCCAUGGCGAUUCCACGCGACGCUAUCUGAACACCAAGGUCACGGGGGCGCUUCUUGAAGGAAUGAAGAUGCUAGCCAAAGAACAGCCAGAGGAUCCGUUGCGAGUUCUUGGUGAAUAUUUGAUACAAAGGUCCAAGGAAAUCGAAGGUUCAAGUUAG